CGGGCCGUCUGAGGCCUGGUCCGGCCCACCGGGUGUGUGAAGACAGGGGCCCGGUGCGGCCCGGCCCGCGGGCGAGAGGAGGGGAGGGGCCUGGUCCGGCCCAGCCGGUGCGUGAGGACUGGGGCCCCAGCCCGGCGCCGCCGCCGUGAUGGCCCAGCAGCAGAUGACCAGCUCGCAGAAGGCCUUGAUGCUGGAGCUGAAAUCCCUGCAGGAGGAACCGGUGGAGGGCUUCCGGAUCACCCUGGUGGAUGAGUCCGACCUCUACAACUGGGAGGUGGCCAUCUUCGGACCCCCCAACACCCUCUACGAAGGCGGCUACUUCAAGGCGCAUAUUAAAUUUCCUAUUGACUACCCAUAUUCACCACCUACCUUCAGAUUCUUGACCAAAAUGUGGCAUCCCAACAUUUAUGAGAAUGGAGAUGUAUGCAUUUCAAUUCUUCAUCCGCCUGUAGAUGACCCACAGAGUGGAGAACUGCCCUCUGAAAGGUGGAAUCCUACUCAGAAUGUGAGGACUAUCCUGUUAAGUGUAAUCUCACUGCUUAAUGAGCCCAACACCUUCUCCCCAGCCAAUGUGGAUGCUUCGGUUAUGUUCAGGAAAUGGAGAGACAGUAAAGGAAAAGACAAAGAAUAUGCUGAAAUCAUUAGGAAACAGGUUUCAGCCACUAAGGCAGAAGCAGAAAAGGAUGGAGUGAAGGUCCCCACAACCCUGGCAGAAUACUGCAUCAAAACUAAAGUGCCUUCCAAUGAUAACAGCUCAGAUUUGCUUUAUGACGACUUGUACGACGAUGACAUUGAUGAUGAAGAUGAAGAGGAGGAAGAUGCCGACUGUUAUGAUGAUGAUGAUUCUGGGAAUGAGGAGUCGUGACGUGCUCCUUCAGUGCCCCUGUACUGCCCUGCCGUCUCAGGCCGAAGGGAGGGGAGCAAGUGGGGACCUAGCAGUGGCCCCUCAGCAAAAACCUAUUCACAGGGGGUGGGGAAAACAAACACAGCUCCUGCUGACUCCCCUUAUGGAUCUCAGUUUGCUCCUCUUAUGGACCUUUAAUGGAGAGAAAGUAACCCUCCACAGAAUGUCUGAAUUCUUGCAUUCUUUACCCUUUCAUCACUGUAUUGAUUCUUUUUUUAAAAAAAAAGACAAAACAACAACCCAAACUCCCGCCUCACUUUGUCUAUACAGAAUGUUCACAGCGAAACACAUUUGGUCUGUUUUUAGAUUCUUGAAUGAUUAAAUAGUCUUUCAGGACGUUUAAUAUGUUUAAAGCUGGGAACCCAUUGGGAGUUCACAAGUGCUGCAUAUACUGGGUAGCAAAAGAAAAUGGGAGAAAAAAACCCCACAAAACAAACUUAAAAAAAAAAUUGCCAAGGUUUAGCUGCUCAUUUACAUUAGUGUGUGCACAAUUUGUUCAGCCCUAUGGUGGUGAAUUUUGUUUCUUUCCCUUCCUAAGGCUGGGAUACAGUGGGCAUCAGGGACUUUGUGCUAAGCCUGAUGAAAUGUGCUCCUUCAGCCUCCAUGAAAUCAUCCUAAUAUGGAGGCCUCAGCUACUCUGAGGAGAGAAAUCAGAUUGUUUUUUGAAAUUGAUUGGGAUCUAAAGCCUGAAAUAAAUGUUCAUACUUUACAUAGAACUGAGCACUUGAUUGCUAUUUAUUUUAAAGGCAGGGUUAUUUUUUCCCCCAAGGGAGUGGGGUGAAUGGGGAUUUGUGUCUGUGGAUUUUUAGUGAUGGGAACAAAGAGUUAAAAAUUAUGAUGCCAAUUUUGGUUGAUACUGCUGGGGAAAAAAGCCAAAAUUACUGGUGACCACUGCUGAGAGGAAACAUCUGUUUAUUUAAUAUGGCCUUCCCUUCAAAGAUACUCUUAUCAUGAGGUUUUUUUUGUUUGUUUUUAAGUAGCCACUUUUACUCAGUAUUAAUGCUAGGUGCAUGUGUUAAGAUUUUGGUUUUCAUUGAGCUGCUUAUACUGAAUAGUGAUAAAUGUGGAUGUGUGUGAGACAUGAGUGACCGACUGGUUCCUGCUUUCUUCAUUGGAUGUGAUCUAGACUUUUUUCUCCUUUCAACUUAUUUUGGCUAUGGAGUUCAGGUAGAAAUUGUGCAUGGAGCUCCCCCUGGGCUUGUCUCUUCUUCUGGCAGGAUCAAGGGAGUUGACUGCAGUCAAGUUUCCCAGCCAGGCAAGGCUAUAUCUUCGUGCCAUGCAAUUGCUAUGGCUUUGAUUUCCCAGGUCUCGAUCAUGUGUUGCUUUAAUCAAUAUUGAGAUCCAGCAGCCUUCACCAUCCAGGGACUUCAGAACUUGAAGGCGAUUUUAUUUGGUAUGGGGCUACACCAUUUCAUAGGAGGACAGUAUUCUAUGAGUGGGGAAAACCGCUAUAAUAUAAAAUCAGAUUUCAAAAGGAAAGUAAAAGGACAAGCAAGGACAGACUACAGCCCGACUGAAAAUCCUUGUGCACUAGCAUCUACUCCUUUUUUUAGAUCACAGCUCAGAAAGAAACAAAGGGCAGAUUAGGGACAGGGGAAGGAUGGAUCCUAGGAUGGUUAUAGUGAUGCUUGCUUCUUAGCUCCUCCUUCCUUUCUGAUCUCAGGGUUUUCAUUCGCUCUUCAACUCUCCCAAACAUAUGCUGACUAUUUCCCAGCAGCCCUCUCUGACCUCUAAAGUUUGGUCUGGUAUUAAAUGGGAAUGUUUAACAUGCUAAGGUACUAAUGGACACUAAUGAGCCUGGUCCCAGAAUCUCUGUGUAAUCUCCAUGGGGCCGGGGCUGCUACUUGCACCCUUGAAUCCAUUGAUUCCAGUCAGAUUCAGGGAACAGAGCAGCUCUUUGUGAUAAUAUGCUCUUAAAUUGUCUGACUACAAACUCUCAUAGAAGAUGUUGGAACUAGCUUUUUAUUUCCCAUACUUAAAUAAUGCUUCCAGAUACUCUGCAGAAUUUCUGGAGCCUAAACCUCUUGCCAUGCUCUCUGAUUUGCCUCUCUCAAACACACAGGUUUACAGCCAGUAGGUUGGUCUUAUUUUCUUGGAGCCCUAAAACUAAGGCUUUCAUUCCUCUUACUGCUACAGCAUCUCACUCCCAGGGCAGGCCAGGCACCUUGGCACUGUGGAAAGUGCUGUGCUGCUUAGCUAUGUCCCAUUAGGCCCUGUUGGCCUCUGUUGCAAGUUGACUCAGGGAGCCAGAGAGCCAAGUAGAUGUUGUACCUCUCAGCCCUUCGGGGUAUUACUGUUGAGGGCUGGGUUUGCCUCUGAUGAGAGUAUAAUCAAUCAGUUCCAGAAGACUGGGGUAUGUUGACUUGCUAGCAGGUAGACAUUGAGAGUUUAGACUGACAUAAAGCCCAGAUGCAGGUUCCAGAGCUCUGUCCCUGAGAGCAUCAUCUUGUGGAAAAAUACUUGGGUAUGUAAUUUUUUUUCUUCUUGGGAGUGGAGCUGGUCUCAGGCUCAAGCCAGAACCUAGUGAGUACAAAUGUGCUGGUUAUUUGGUGUGACAUGAACUCAAAAUCCUGCGUUUUUAGAUUCCUUUUGAUUCUGAGACCUGCUGGAUGCUCUUCAGUUCUGUGUACUUUGAGGCUGGGUGGAGAAAGUAUAAUACGAUUCCGUUGUUGCUUCUCUCAAAGUCUUUCCCCCGCCCCCCGUCUUUCUCGUAUCAUUCCAGAAUUCUUUUCUAUUAGCCAGACUUUUUUUGUAGUCCCUUCUUUCCCUUACUUGGAAAUUAUUUGCUUCUUUACUUGCUGGUUUCCUUAUGUUUGGGGCAUAUAUAGUACAAGAUCAGAAGGGGAAAAUGUGUAGUUCUCUACUGAAAACUAACUCUCCAACCCUCCCAUGCUGAUAAACAAGGUUUACAUUUACAACUAAAGAUUCAGAUGCAAUUUUCAACUAUUCUGAAACCAGCAGGACAUACCUGACUUUAAUAGUUUUCUUAGCUGAAAUUGUAAUGUUUUUCUUCAGUUUAACUUAUGAGAAAAGAUUAUCUGAUGCAUUUUGUGUUGACUUCCCCUUUAGUGGUUUAUUUUGUCUUUUUCUGCCCAUCUGUCUACUAAUAAAAUGUGAAAUAAAAUAUACCUGUAUUGCUAUUUCCCCAUGGGAUGACACUCCUUUUUUUCCCGGUAUUAAAACUAAAAGGUGGUCUUAAUAUUUUCGAUUUACCUUGCAGAUUAUGCCCAGAGCUCAGCUGAAAAGUUACAACAAAAACCAAAACUGGUUGACCUGCCUUUAUGACAUCUUGUCUAACUUAUCUCCCUGGAGAAUAACCAUCCUCAAUCCUUACAAGGUGUUUAAAGGAAGAUUCUUAAGGAUAUAAUCAUUUGUUAAAUUUGAUUCUGUAAUAGGACAGUCAGUCAAAACACUGAAGGGAUAGAGGGUGCUGUGUUGACCUCCUAGGCAAACAUUUUGUUUUUAUUGUCAUUUGUGUCCAUAACUUCCUGCUGCUAAUAGCAAGGAUAAGGCAAAAGGAUCAGAUUAAUAAAAGUCCCUGUUUGGU